CAUUUGAAGUAGCAGACAUGGCGUCGGAGGAAUGCUAUAAGCUUCUCAUACAUUCUGCGAAGCAGGUUGUCCAGGUGGUUAAGAAUGGUGAACGCGUCGUUACGGGUCGUGGUUUAAAAAAUGUUGCUGUGCUCGAUAAAAGUGCUGGCAGUGGAUUUAGUAUCGUAGUUUCCAGAGAUGGCUAUAUUAGUGAUAUAGGACCUGAUACAGAAAUCGCAGAAAAAUACAAAUCUGCUAAAUUUUUAAAUAAAAUUGACGCAUCAGGAAAAUGUGUUCUUCCAGGACUAGUGGAUGCUCAUACACAUCCUGUCUGGGCAGGAGAUAGAGUGGACGAAUUUUCGAUGAAGUUGGCGGGAGCAACAUACAUGGAUGUUCAUAAAGCUGGAGGUGGAAUUUACCAUACAGUUAAACAUACGAGACAGGCAUCUGAAGAAACGUUACUGCGUUUAUUGCUAGCAAGGUUGGAGGAAAUGUUGAGAGCUGGAACUACAUUAGUCGAAGCUAAAUCUGGCUAUGGACUGGAUCCAGAAACGGAAAUGAAAAUACUGCGAGUUAUCGAACAAGCAAAAAAGAGAAGUUCGGUGGAAUUAUCAUCUACAUUCUGUGGUGCUCAUGCUGUUCCCAACGGCAUGACUUCUGAUGAAGCAACCGAAGCAAUUCUGAAUCAGCAUCUACCUAUUCUCCAGAAGUUAAUGGAUUCUGGAGAAAUCAGUGUAGACAGCAUCGAUGUCUUUUGUGAAAAAGGUGUCUUCGAUGCCCAGCAAUCACGACGGAUACUUGAUGCUGGUAGAGAAAUGGGGCUGAGACUUAACUUCCAUGGAGAUGAAUUACAUCCGAUAGGGGCAGCAGAGAUGGGAGCAGAGUUGAAAGCAGACGCUAUAUCCCAUCUAGAAGAGAUAAGUGAUACUGGAAUCCAAGCCAUGGCUAAAAGUGGCUCGAUAGCUGUCAUCUUACCAACUACUGCUUACAUGUUAAAAUUGCAACCUCCACCUGUUCACAAAAUGGUUGAAGCAGGAGUUCCAAUUGCAUUAGGAUCAGAUUUUAAUCCCAAUGCUUUCUGCCUUGCCAUGCCACUUGUGAUGCAUCUUGCUUGCGUCUUAUGUCGCAUGACUAUGUCAGAAGCUCUUCAUGCAGCCACGAUCAAUGCUGCAGCUGCACUAGGGAAGUCAAGUACACACGGAUCUCUCGAGAGAGGCAAGUUUGCCGAUAUCGUCAUCAUAAACGCUGAAAGGUGGGAACAUCUUAUCUAUCAGAUGGGUGUUCACAAUUCUCUUAUUUAUUGUGUGAUAAAAAAAGGUGUGAUUGCAUAUAAAUGUAACAAUGUAACACUUACAGUUCAAGCUUAAAAAUAAAACUUUAAUUUUCUUUAUUUAUCUCAAGUUUGAAUGUAUAUUUUGAUUUGUGAGAAAGAAUAAAGUGAUUAAUUAUAGAAUGAAAA